GUUUGAAAUUCAUUGGCAUUUUGUCCAUAGAUUACGAUGUCAGUCCGGUUCGCGUUGAAGGCGUCGAAGAAGCGGCGGCGACAGAUUGAGAACGACAAGAAGCUUCAGGCGCCACUAAGUGGUACAUUUUCUACAAUUGAGUCAUUGCAACAGGAAAAAAACAAUGGUCCAUCCAGGCGAGUGAAGAGCCAGGUGGGGCUGCUCGAAGAUGUCCAAGCAAAGGUGAAGCGCCUGAAGGAAGAAGGCAAUACGCUCGCAGAGGCCGGCAAGUUUCGAGCGGCAACGGGAAGAUGGAAGGAAGCCCUGGCUGUAGAUCCAGACAACGCGGCGCUAUAUGAGCUUCUGGCGCAGGCGUCCAUGGCUGUGUGUGAGGACUUCCAGGCCGUCCAGUUUGCACGCAAAGCGACCGAGUUGGCGCCAACCUGGAGUGACGGAUUCCUCACUCUCGCUCGGUGUCAACUGAACUUUGGCGAGUUGUUGCUAGCUCGUGAAGCUCUGGAGCAGGCUGUCGAGCAUAAUGGCGGCGUGGAGACGGAGGAAAUGGCGUCUGAUUGUCAGGACAUCGAGGAACUCCUAAUGAAACAAGAGCAGGUACUGCGCAAGCGUGAUGAAGAAGCAGCACACGAAGUGGAAGCAGACAAACUGGAGGUCAUCUCUUGCUUCAAGCACCUCAGUUUUCGAGCCAAGGCAAUUGACAUGAGCGAAGAAACCCGCAAAUGAGUAAAGCAAAUAAGUAUGGACAAGUAAAUUUAAAAAGGUGGAGCUGAUCCUCUUGGUUCACGGUGGACGAUCGUCCCUGGCUUGGCGGGGAUCUAUAUACUAUAGCAACUAACUUACAAAUGCUGGUGGGCUUGCCCAAUCCGGCUAAUCUUCCCUGCCUCACUCAUCAACUUGUCUCCUGCCACGCGUGGUCGAGGAUAUCUCCAUAUAUACAUAAGAUAUAUACAUUCGCGCAAGCUUCAGCAGGCUGUGUGCAAUGGCAAUCAUGAUGAUUCUCCUUCCAACUGGCUGACGCUUGAAUGUGGCUCGCUCGCUGUUUACGAGCAAAG